ACUAAUUACAACUUCAAUUUCAACAGCAUGAAAGCUGUGCAUAUUUUUAUUGACAUGGAAUAUUGUUCAGUCUAUCAUUUAACACAAAACUAGAGAAGUUCGUGCGUGAAUUCACCGGUGCUAUUUUAUGGAAAAAUAACCAAACAUAAUUAUUUUUAAUAUCCUAUCAUCUGUGCCAGUAAUCAACAAUGCCAAAUACGUUGGACGCCGGAAAGAAAAAAGAUAUUUUAUCUUCAGAGACAAGAAAAACAUUACUUGACGGAGAUCAGCUUGCUGUUGCUCUAAAUGAAUAUUAUGAAAAUCAAGUUCGUGCAGGUGUCGAAAGAAGGGAAAUUUGUGAAAGAAUUGCGCAGUCUGUCAUUGAUAAAAUAUUCAAGAAGAUUCAAACGGCAGAUAAUCGUUUUCGAGAAAAAAGUGUCGUAAGCCAGGGCAUUCCUUGUAACGGAUUACAUGCAGAGCAAUUAAUUCAUUUAGAUAUAUUGAUCCAGUUAUCUUUAGGAAAGAGUUGCCCUGUGCUUUUCAAGACAACACAUGAAAACUUGAAUUUGUUACCAGACUCUAGUACAAUGUGGAAAGAUUGUCUAUCAAAAAACGGUUUUCUCUCUGCAGAUAAAAUUUGUAGAUUACUACGCUUCUAUGUAUGGAAAUCUGUUAAAGUUUUUAAUUGUUAUAUUAAAAGUGGUGCUCACGAAAAGAUUCCCAACGACCUUAGAAGUAUAGUUAUGAAAGAUGGAGAAGAAAUAAAAUUGGUAAUUAAUAUGAUGAUUAUUAACCUCCUGCCGGCGUUUGUAUUGCCUGAUUCACGAAUGGACCCUUCGAGACAAGAUUGUCCCAGUACAUCGCAUGUUGUGUGUAAACCGUACAUUAAUGCUUCAUCGAGAAAAAUCAAAAUGGUUUGGAAAUGGUCUUAUUUUGUUGCAGAAAAAAAUAGAAUUCGAUCAUUUUCAGGGCCUGGUUGUCAAAUCCAGUUACUACGGAUAUUCACAGAAAUCAGAGAUAGUCAAAGCGGACUGCGCAUGCUUUCAUACUAUCAUCUAAAGCAUGUCUUGUUUCAUGUGACACAUCGUGUUAGCGACGUGAAAGAAUGGGCUAGUGAAAAUAUUUCUGCACGUUUUACCGAUUUCUUGGAAAGUUUGUUGAGUUUCCUGCAAUCUGAAUACUUACCUCAUUAUUUUAUGCAACCUCCAGAUUUUGAUUCAGUGAACUUGUUUGAAGGCCUGGACGCUUAUUGUCUUGAAAGAAUUGCCGAGUCGGUUGAAAAAAUUCUACACAAUCCGUUUCAAUCAUUGAAUUUUGACAAAAGUGAGCGUGAAUAAUCAUAGCAUAACAUCUCUCCUUAAACAGCUGUAAAUUAAUUAUGUUUUUAAUUGAAACCUAAUGAAAGGAACUGAACAAUAUGUAAUUAAUAAACUAUUGAAAAGUAUA